AAGGCUAAGGCGUAAGUGUAGGCCUAUUUGCAGCGCUCUAGUAUCACAUGCAAGUAUAAUCCAUAAUCAUUGAGCGCGGGGGGAUUAUACGGGGUGCCCACUACGGAUUGGAUCGGCCGAUCGGGCCGAUCGCCCAACAACAAACGUGUUUUCAGAUUCAGGCGAUCGAGUCGGGUGAUCGGCCCGAUCCAGCUAUAGUGGAUUUUUCCGUUUUCUAAAAUUAACAGCGCAUUGGAAGGGAAGCAACUCUCACCAUCAACUUUUGACCGGUCGCUGCCCUACAAAUCGAGCUUUGGCCAAACAUCAAGAUCAAGCAGAGCUGCACAAUCACACACCCAAGAGUCUAUCAAGCAUUGUCAGAAAACAAAACUCCACAAUGGCUGCUGCUAAACCCAAGCUUGUUGGAGCAGUAGAUCAGGGGACAAGCAGCACACGGUUCCUUGUAUUCAAUGCAGACACAUCGGAAGUAGUCACAUAUCAUCAAGUCGAGAUCACACAGAAGUUCCCCAAAGAAGGAUGGGUGGAAGAAGAUCCUAUGGAGAUUCUCAAUUCCGUCAAGGUGUGCAUCGAGAAAGCGGUGGACAACCUACAAGGUCUAGGGUUCCAACCCUCAGAUGUGAAAGCCAUUGGAAUCACAAAUCAACGAGAGACAACCAUUGUGUGGGACAAAAACACUGGGAAACCUUUAUAUAAUGCUAUUGUGUGGUUAGAUCUGAGGACUGCAGCCACAGUGGAACAGCUCAUUAAGAAGACGCCCGGUCGAGACAAGGACGCGCUCAGGCCUCUGUGCGGUCUGCCAUUAGCGACCUACUUCAGUGCUUUGAAGUUCCGGUGGCUGGCGGACAACUCUAUUGAGGUGCGGCGUGCGGUGGAUGAAGGUCGCUGUAUGUUCGGUACCGUCGACUCCUGGCUUGUGUGGAAUUUGACCGGCGCCACCCAAGGUGGUCAACAUAUUACUGACGUGACCAACGCUAGUCGGACAAUGCUGUUGAACCUGACCACCCUCGACUGGGAUGAACACUUGUGUUCGUUUUUUAACAUUCCAAAAACUGUUCUUCCCAAAGUUCGCAGCUCGUCGGAGAUCUACGGGAAAAUGGCUUGCACUGCUCUGAAAGAUGUCAUAAUUUCUGGGAUCUUGGGUGACCAGCAGGCGGCCCUGGUCGGCCAGUCGUGCUUCCGGGUCGGAGAGGCCAAGAACACGUACGGCACCGGCUGCUUCCUGCUCUACAACACAGGGCUCUCCGCUGUGGAGUCUAAGACAGGACUGCUGACCACCGUGGCCUACAAGCUGGGGAAAAACAAGCCGGCUGUUUAUGCUCUAGAGGGAGCAAUCGCCAUCGCUGGUGCCUGUGUGCAGUGGCUCAGAGAUAAAAUGGGCGUCAUAUCCUCCUCCUCUGACAUUGAGAAAUUGGCUCUCGAGGUGGACUCAACGCAUGGCUGCUACUUUGUGCCAGCUUUCUCAGGCCUGUUUUGUCCUUACUGGCAAUCGGAUGCCCGCGGAAUUAUCUGUGGCCUGACCCAGUUCACGGACAAGCGUCAUAUUGCCAGGGCCGCGCUGGAGGCUGUGUGUUUCCAGACCAAAGAGCUGCUAGACGCCAUGAACAAAGACUCUGGUAUAGAACUGACCAGUCUCAAAGUGGACGGGGGAAUGACGGUCAACGCCCUGCUCAUGCAAGUCCAGGCAGACAUACUGGGCAUCCGAGUGGUUCGCCCCUCGAUGACGGAGACGACCGCCCUGGGAGCCGCCAUGGCGGCAGGAAGUGCCGAAGGCGUGGAGGUCUGGAAACUUCCGGGAGGGGAGUCGGGACCCAUCACCUGCGACACGUUUGAGCCCUCCAUCUCACAGAAUGAGCGCGCAGAGCGACUGGCAAGGUGGAAAGAUGCCGUGAAGAGAAGCAUGAAGUGGGAUCUGUCGGGCAGGACGUCUCGUUUGUCUCAAGGAUUCUGGGAUGUCCUGGCUCCAGGCCUCUACCUGUGGAGCUCUGUGGGUCUCCUGGCUCUAGCAAGCCUUGUCAAUAGAGGCUAAAUGUGGAGCGCAGCGAGUGUAGCGUGAGGGAUUGCGAUGAGCGGUAGAAGUGUCGGGGGCGAAACCCGGUCGUAGCUAGCUGCCUCUUGAGUGAUGUGGACAGACAGAAGUUUAGUGGAUGUAGCAGGGCUUCCGUGAUGUGUGUGUGUGUGCGUGUGUGUGUGUGUGUGUGUGUGUGUGUGUGUGUGUGCGUGUGCGUGUGUGUGU